AUUUGUAUUUGUCAAGAGCUGGAGACUGGAAACUGUAAACUGUAAACAAUCUAUACAGUUCUAUUGUUGUAUCUUGCCUUGGAAGUCAAACGAAACCAAGCUCCGUAGUGUGGUGAUGCAGGUUUCGGACCUGGUUCAAGCUGAUCUUAUCUUUAGCUUUGAGGAGGGUAAGAUUGAUUCCGCUUUUGGGAGAACAGGACACAGAAAGCAGCCACUAGGCGAUCUCAAAACUGGAAGACGGAGCACGAAGGAUCCCAAACCAGAGGAAAAAGGUGCUCAUUUGCUUCAGGGUAUACACAAUGAAAGAUGGGUGAUGAAACAGAACAAGAGCUGCUACUUCGAUCAUGGAAGGAUGCUUUUCACAGAGCUGCUGAUUUUGAUGGUUGGGGCCAGCCUGUAGAGGCUGUUGAUGUAUAUCAAAGACAAAAGACUUUAGAAAAGAUUGCUGUGUGCUUGGAGUCAAGAUUGAAGUCCUUGGAGGCAAAUGUUUCAAAUCAGAAUGGAGGCAUUUCACUGAGUGAUUUAAAACGACUUGAGACCACAUUGGAAAACUUGUUGGGAGUGCAGAGUUCCGACACAACACAGAAAUUCCCUGUUGAUGUGUCUUUGGCAACAGCUCAGCUUCACCGUCUUUCAGUCACUAGUUUGGAUACAGAUGCAGAUAAAGAUGAACCUCACAGAGGUAACGGCACUGUGUUACCCCGGCCACUUCCUGUCAGUGGUAUGACGUUACUCACAGUGACAUUGGACAACAUAGGGCUGAAGGAUGCAGGCCAAUAUCUGGACCCAUUUAUUUCUGUCUCUGUCAGAGCAUCUGACGGGAAAGCUUUAACAUGCCGUCAGGACACUCCUGUUGCUCCUCGCAAGACAGAUUCUGCCAUUUUCAUCAACUCAGUUGUUCAUAUACAGAAAGCUUUGGAGAGUCUACCACCAGGGUUUGCGAUUUUCUUUGAAUUCAAUCACUUCAAACCGAAGAAAUCUAUGAACAGUACCAAAUGUUGGUCUUUCAUGGAGCAAGAUGAAAUCAAAGAGGGAGCUUUGGCUUUAGAAUUAUACAAGAAGCCAACAGAUUUCCAUCGCAAGUCCUUGAAAUUGUUCACAGUGAAGCCCCUGUACUUACACUUAAAACUAAGUUUGUUCAGCUGACAAAAAUUAUGAGAUUAUUUGAUUUGAAUAUUAAGCUCUGUCACUUACUUCUGUGGCAUAAAAGACAAAGACGGGAACAUCAGACCCAAGUCAUUGACCCCUCCAUUAGGAGUGCCUUAUCAUUUUAUGGUCCUUAGUGUUUGUCUCAUAGCUCAGCUAUUCCUAGCCAGAUCUAUCAUGUCUGCGCUUGGGGAGUGUCAGAAUGUUGAAAGUAUUUAAUUUUUUUGCUCCUCAUUUGUUUGAACUGAUGUCAUGGAACAUGACUUGUUUACACUUAUAAGGGGGUUAUGAAUUUGUUUGAGUCUAUGAGAAGGAUGUGAAUGCAAUAUUGGUAUUUUGCUUUAUGGGAAGUUAAAAUAAUGCGCAUGUUGCUGAAAAUUGUGCUCCCGCAUCAUUCGGAACCAUAACAUUUGUAGUUAAAUUUAAGGGGGAAAAAAAGUAACUUUCUUAUGUUAUAAACUUUUUAAAAAGGGAGAAGUUACUUUGCAUCAAAAAAAAAAGUUACUUCAACUAUGAAUGUGCUCGUAAUAUUUCGUCUGUUUGGGAUUUGGUGGUGGCGGGGGGGGGCUUACAACUACCUACGCAGAAACACGUGACUCAUUUUGCUGCCAAGUAUUUUUGAGGGUUGGCAAAACAGAUUCGUAGGAGUAAAGAAAUAUCUCACUCAAAAUGUCUGUCAGUUAUAUUGUUCUUAAUCAAACACUAAAGAGAAACGAUGGAAAUUGCCUUGUCCAGACAGGACUAAGUAGGGAUGCUAUGCGUCUGAAAAGUUCAAGGUAAAAAUUAAUUUAUUUGUAAGUUUGCAUGCAAACUAGGUGAUUUGUCAUUAUUAUUAUUAUUAUUAUUAUUAUUAUUAUUAUUAUUAUUAUUAUUAUUAUUAUUAUUAUAUGUUUCAAUUUUUUAAAAAGAUGUCAAAGAAGAUAUUUGAGGCUGUGAGAGAUGAGAACAGACUAAUGUUUUGAUAACUGACUAGUAACUACAAUGGCAGGUUUCAUGGCUCUAACUGAAGAGUUUAAAAGAACUAAAAACUACAUGAUUAACAAUAUUAUUUGUAGUGCUGAAGAAGCUAUUGUAUAGCGUAAACUUAAAGUUUAAAAUAGUUUUAGUUUCAGUCUUCAUAAUUGACUCAUGUUGGUGGUAGAUCUUAUCUAGUGCCGUCACCUGAUUGUUAUAGUUUUCCCUGAGUUUUAGCGUCUCUGGCAAAAUGAGGAUUAAAUUUUAUUGAUUCUCAGUUAUUAGCUUAAUACAAAAUUGUACAUUACAUGUGUGAGUGUAUGUGGAGUAUGUACUUGAAGAUAUCUCUGUGGAUAGCAUACUACCAGCUCGUAUUAUUACUAUAUUAAAAUCGUUUUUCAGCAUGCUAACUUUGAAACACAUGGGUCUGAAUACUUUUCUUUGUCAUGCAUUAGAUCUCUUUAAGUCACAAUGGAGCAUAACACUUUGGAAUAAUCUUAUAUUUCCUUUGUUUGUUGGAAUCAAAUAUCCUGAAUGUUCUCUAUUUUUGAUAAAGUGGGUUUUCCCAUGAAGCCUUUCAUUUAUGUCCUUUAUUUGUAAAUAAGUUUUCCUGGGACUCUCAUAAGCUGAGAGACGUAUGGAAGAGUAGGCAGCUACAGAUGAGGUUGUGAAUGAAUUUAUCAGUGAAAUUUUUGCCUCUUUGUAUCAUUUGUUGUUAUUUUUUAUGUUGUAAUGUAAACUGUGGCAUCUUUUUGCUUCUGAUGGGGACUGAUUAACCAUAAGCAGCAGCUCUUGCUUUUGAUGCCAGAGUAUGUGAUGUGUUAUGUUCAAACAAGCGUGCUUGAUUAGUGACUUCAGAUUUUACUACACAUUUUUGUGUUUUUGUGUUUUUUGCUUACUUGAUCCUAAUGUGGGUAAGUCUUGCAUGUAGUAGUUUCUUGUUUUUGUUUUUUUUGGUUUAAACUGAGGACCUAAUCCUGAAAAAUCUAAUGUGAACAUUGCCCAAAGUAAAGAUAACUUGGCUGUCAAAAGUUGCUGAAGGACAAAUCUUGGAUGGAAGGUACUUUGUAACAAAAUUAGAAACUACCAGAGACCUGGCCCAAAACUUUUUAAAAAACCAUCAUUAAGUCAAUAGUAAAUUUGAAAAUGACACGAAAGAUAUCCUUGCCCUAGGCUCUCUUUUGGGAGUACAAAGUACAAAAUGGCCAUAUAUAGCCUACAUACAUAACAGUUAAGAACACUGUGGGUAGUAGCAAAAAGUGUAAUCGAACAUACUCUACCAAUCACCUUGUUCAAGACAAUCACAUGUACAAAUGACCUCUUCCCACUCACCUCCCCCCCACCCCCACGUGUAUUGUUCUAUUACAAUGGCACUGUCCCAGAGGACCACCUGUCUAAAGUGACCACUUUUCUCUUCGACAAUGGGUGGCUGUUUUCUUUUGGUUACCCCCGAUGUCUAACAAGGGGAAUACGGAAAAAUAUAGAUGUUUAAUAGGUGUUUAGUUAGUUUCAGUUUUCUUGAAUUAUAUUGUUUGUCAUGGCUUGUCUGUGUGAACUCCUGGGUUAGACUGGUUAAAGAUAAGAUUGCCUAUUUAAAAAAAAAAUUAGUUUCCACAUAAUUUCACACCUUCUUCAUAAAUGUUGGCCACCCACUCAUUUAUGCUUGCUUUGUGCUUUGUCUCAAACUCGAGUAUAAGUAAACCUGGAAUGAAAUGUUAGCUGUUUGUAUGAUGGUACAGAUUUUGAUUAUGUUCAAAAGAAGAUAUUAAGAUUUGUUGCACAUAUAAUUGAGGGUCAAAGAAGAAUCUCUAGAUCUACCUUGCAACUAUUACAUAUGUACAAGUUAGUUUUUUGGUAGGUUUUUUGUUUAACAAAUGCUUAUUGGAAAUACAAUGUAGGCCUAUUGUCUUUGAUUAAAGUAUUUUAUUAACAUAAAA